UGCUGUAAGAGCUCGGUUCUGGAUCAAUUAGCGCACCUCUGUCGUCUGGCGCUAAUUUUCUUGGACAGGCCGGUUGGUGUCAGAUCAGUUGACUUCUGGGUACGUCGGGAUGAGGUGCGUUACUUUGGUACUCCUUUAUCUCCACACCGUCUGGGCGGCUUUGAGAAAUCAAACGGAAUUGUCCGACAAAUCUGUAGCCCUACAGGAUGUCCUGCUGUCGCGGCGAGUGCGAGGACUUGUCUUCCCAGACAAGGCCUCGCUUUUGUUGACUGCUGCCUUAACCAAGAUCAUCGUGGGCGGAAGACCAAGUGGCCUACAAUAUAGUCUGGAAUUUGAUAUGUAUAUCCCUUUACCGGAUACAGUCGAAGGUUGGCAGCCGAAGAUACUGAAACGCCUCAGACCUAAACCAUCUACCCAGCGACGUUGGGAUUGGUAUGACAAUCAAGGAUGGGCUAAAUAUACAGAUAUAACGCACACACCGAUACACAGAACUGUGCCGUAUUCCAGUUCCCAUCUCGAUGCGAAUUCGUUUUAUCAAACUCCCUGGCACUUGUCCACUACCACACCAUGGAAAAUGCAUCGACAGGCUCAAUACGAUGAGGAGGCCUAUGAGUCCUGGUCGCAUGUUCCCAAUUGGAAGUUACAUCGCGGCUAUAGAGAACGUAGAGCGAUAUUCGACCAACUCGAGGACAUGGGAAGAGUUUUCCAGUUGGACAUCAGAAGCUGCAUAAAGCGAGCCAUGUGUGAAUUGAGGUCACGGCUUAAUGGAGGCUUCCUAAUGGAGGAUCUUGUGCGGAUUAUACUGACGGUGCCCGAUGAGGUGACAGAUGGAAAGUACAGGCACCGCAUGGAUAUCAGGGACUGUGCCCAUUUCUAUGCCCUUAGCUGCCCAUACAGAGUUCUGGAUUUCCUCACACAGAACAUGAAUAAAUACAGAACCCAGUAGCCU